GCGACAUGGCAAGGCUCCUUCUCUUCGCCGCCGACCACGCCGCCGGAGCGCCGGGGGCGGCGAGUCUCGUCCUCGUCGUCUUCGUGGUGCUCGUCGUCGCGGCGGUCGUGGUGUCGCUGUGCACCAGCAGCACGCACGAGAAGCUGUGGGGGCAGCAGCGCGGGUCCUCGUCGUCCGCGCCGUUGCCGAAAUCGGACAGCAGCGUCGGCGCGAGCAACCGGAAGCGCCUGCUGUCGGCCACGCUCAGCGGGAUCGGCGGCAAGGCGGCCAGGAUGGUGUCGUGGAACAGGCGGGCGCCGGGCGGCAGCAGCAGCGACGACGAGGAGGCGGUGGCCGCUCUGGGGCUGGACGACGACGACGAGGCCGUGUGGAGGAAGGCCAUCAUCAUGGGGGACAAGUGCCGGCCGCUGCAGUUCUCCGGGCACAUCGCCUUCGACUCCGACGGCAACCAGCUGCCCCCGCCGCCGCCGGCAGUCAAGAAAGCCGCCCCCGACGUCCACGCCGAGAGUUGAUCAGCAUCUCGAUGAGACGAUAACCCGUGGAUGGACGUUCGCGUCAACUAAUCAAGUCAAGUGAGUCGCGGUUUCUUCUUCUCGAUUUUUGGUGUGCGUGCGCACGCAUGCACGCGCGACGGCGUGCAAAGGUUUGGCGCGUCCGGUGUACUAGGAUGCACGUAUACGUGAGUGAGUUGUACAUAAAGUGUGUCACGUCACGCGUGAUGUGUCAUCAUUUUGGAGC